AUGGUGAAAUUUCUGCUGCUAGCAGUGGCAUUUGGACUGGCUCAUGCUCAGCUAGAAGGAAAAUGGAAAACCGUUGCCAUCCUUGCUGAUAAUGAAGACAAGAUAGCGAAAGGUGGUCCUCUGGAAAUCUUUAUUCGUGAAAUUACUUGUGAAGAGGGAUGUAAAAUAAUGAAAGUCAAAUUUUAUGUCAAUCAAAAUGGACAAUGCUCAUUGACCACAGUCAAUGGAUAUCUGCAAGAAGAUGGAGAAACAUUUAGAAAUCAGUAUGAAGGUGAAAAUUAUUAUGAACUUGUGAAGGCAACAUCAGAGAACAUACUCUUUUAUAGUGAGAAUGUGGACAGAGCCAGUCGGAAAACAAAAUUGCUUUUUGUUGUUGGAAAAGGUCAGCCUCUAACUGAGGAACAAAAGGAAAAACUUGCUGAAUAUGCUGAGGAAAAGGACAUUCCACCAGCAAGCAUGCGAGAAGUCCUAGAUACAGAUAAAAAUGGGAUGAGAAUUCUGCAUCAUAACCCCUUGACCAUGGAAUCAGUAUCAUCAAUAAUUCACCUUUGCUAUCAGAAUAAAAUUUUCCCUACCCUGUGCAGUGAGGAUACAGCAUACUAA